CGACCGGCUGCGGGAGAGAGGCAGCGACGGGACGCUGCGGAGAGAAACGACGCACCGAGAAAAACGCACCGCACCGCACCGCACCGCAACUUAACGCACAUAAUGCGGCACCGAGCCCGGAGCUGAUGUGACGGUGCAACACCAACACCCACCACCACCACCUUGCCUCGUCUCGGGAGGACAUGUCCUCUCUAACCGUGGAGGAGGACCAGAAAUGGUUACCGACGCACGUCCAGGUGACGGUGCUGAGAGCCAGGGGUGUGCGGGGCAAGAGCAAGCAAGGCACCAGUGAUGUGUACACCAUCAUCCAGCUGGGGAAGGAGAAGUACUCCACCGGGGUGCAGGAGAAGACCACGGAGCCGCAGUGGAGGGAGGAGUGCUCCUUUGAGCUGCACCCCGGGGUGCUGGUGCUGGACAGCAGCUGUCCGGCUGCGAGCACCGAGCUGGUCCUCAUCGUGAUGCACCGGGCGGUCAUGGAUGUGUUCCUCGGGCAGGCUGUGAUCCAGCUGGAUAAGGUCUUCCAUGAGACUAGAUGUGUGAGAAAUGAGUGGUACAAGCUCAACUCCAAGACGGGGAAAAAGGAGAAGGAACGAGGAGACAUCCAGGUCACCGUCCAGUUCACCAGAAACAACCUGACAGCCAGCAUGCACGACCUCGUCAUGAAGGAGAAGGGCGCCUCAACCUUCGGCAAGCUCAAGGAGCGCAUCAAGAGCAAGACGAGGUCCAGCGAGGAGGACUCGGCGUCGGCCGGCCUGCCAACGGGUUACGGGUCUCUCCAACGGAUUAGGCAGCGGCUGCCGAGUGAUGGAGGCGGGGAGGAGGACUACGAGGACGACGAGGGAGGGGAGGCCCGGCGGAGCAAGAUGAGGACCUUCUUCCUGAGGGGGAAGCUGAGGAAGUCGUCGGACACUCGUUCCAGCACGUCACUGGGCUCCGAGAGCAGCGAGUCGUCGUCACGGGGAGGGAGCCUGAGCCCCACCGCCGGCAUCAGCGUGGUGGUGUCCGACCUCUCCAACUCACCCAGCAACAGCAGCAACCUGACGGUGGACAACAGCCCAGAGCACAAGUCGUCCUCCCUCAUAUGCGAGUUUGGUGAUGAUGAUGACGGUGAGAUCAGCAUCGCAGUGCCUCAGCUCACUGUGUGCGUUAACGGAAGCCAUGCUUACAACGUCCAGCCCUUGGACGCGGGCUCAGGAAAACCUGCAGAUUCUUCAGGCCUGGCACCUCGGCAGAAGUCUUUGCCUCUCUCCGUGUCUCUGCAGAACCUCAGGCCUGACAAUGACCUCCUCAUAGGCUCUGUGGGAGACGGGCGUCGCUGGUCCUUUGACAAGCCCUGCGAGGAGGAGAAGGCAGCCAUAGCGGCGGCCCUGGAGAAGAGCGGCCCCAUGCUGGGCGACGAGGAGGAGCAGUCGGGACAGGCGGCUCCGCCCAAAUCAGCCUCCUCCUCCUCCUCCACGGUGGAGUCGGAAAGCCAGGGGAAGAAGCAGAGGAGGAACUUGUCUUCCCAGGGGAGGAGCGAGUCUGCGGGGAAACGGCAGAGUCAGUCCAAGGAUGAGUCUGAACAGGCCUCCGCCGCCGCCGAGGAGAAACACAAGGGAUGGUUCGGAUCAAAGGACUCGCACAGCAAACCCAGCCUGGUGGUGUCACCUAAACUAGAGCUCAGCACUGACCCCCACCCACCACCCAGUCACCACCACCCGGGUCCCCCCGUAGAUCCCGACCCUCUGGUGUCCCCGCUGCAUCACUCUAACCCUUUCUCCCACUCACAGACCACACCCCCUCCCAUAUCCUCCUGCAACCCUUUCUUCUCUCUCCUCCAGCACAACCCUUUCUAUGACGACAUGCUAACCGCUAAACCCCUAAAUCCUUCGCUGCCUCCUUUGCCCUAUCUCUCCAGUUCCCGGCCCCCUAUAGCUCAACUCUUUCCACAGGCCGGUAACCCCUCCCUGACUCACGACACACCUCCCUUAGAGGACGCCAUCACCGGUACAGUAGCAAAAAGCGAAGCGAUGGCCAAAGCUGGAGAACGACCCCUAUCUCUGGCUCCCGUUGAAGGGGAGAAACCUUUAAGCAUGACGUCGCCGAGCCCUUUUAUGUGUGCCGGAGAGCUGGACCCGGAUUCAGAGUGGGAUGAAUCCUUUGAAGCGUUUGCAGCUGGCAGGCUGCAGUCUCCUGAGGAUCUGACCGCAGACUGCAAAACACAGCAAAACACUGUCGGUGACCAUCCACUGGAACACUGCAAUAAUAAAGGAGAAACACUACCCAUCACAGAUCCAAACACUAAAGCGAACGACGCACUACAUCGUCAACCUUGCACAGGAUCCGCAUUGGAUGCACAAAAAGCCAUCGGCCAGGCGACCAGCACAUAUCAUCUCGACACUUUUGCACAAUUCCUCGAGACAAUCCCGGAGCACGCAAGCUUUGAGAGCGACAACAUCGCUUUGAGUAACUCACCAAAUCUAGAUACUCUAGCUGAAACUAAUCAAGCUAACAGUGCUACUAACGCUAAUGAUUUAACCGACACUAACGUGCAUCCAGCCCCCUGUCACUCCCCGUUUGUAAAGCUCAACAGCAGCUCCCCAGAUCCCGGUUCCUCGGGUAUCGGAAGUUCAGAAGCAGAAGACGAUUUCCUCUCCUGCCUCUCGUCUCAUUCAGACAAACUCUCUGCAUCCUCCUCUGAGGAAGCCGAGGCACAGAACCUUGAAAGCAACAUCCUCGGCUUUCAGGAAUCCUUUGAUUCAUCUGUCGUAAAGCAGUUAGAGCCCUCAAAAUCCGAAGAUGACAUCACCGACAGGUCCACUGAUCUGUCUUUAGUCGGUGAAGCUCAGCACACUGUAAUUCAGCACAAUGAUGGUGACGAAGAGGCAGGUUUAAACGCUUUAGAGGGGUCAUCUGCACAGCAGUCCCCAUUGCUUACACAUCAGCAGCCUGUCAUCAAUGCAAGUGAGGACGCUGUUACUCAGCCACCAAACUUUUCAAGCACUGACUUGUUAUCAGAACUACAGCCAAACGCCAAAGAAUCUUUACAGUCUGACAACAGAAAUGGUGAAGAUUUCUCAACAGUGUUAAAUGAUUCCUCUGUAUCUGUAAUCAACACUACGGAUGGGACGACUUCUACGACUCCAGAUGAUAAACUCUACUCCACACACCCAUCCCUACACAUCAUAACCUCCUCCCCUGACGUGAGGUGGAGUUCGUCUGACUCGCCCAUUGAGAGCACUGGUUUAGGAGAGCAGGAUGCCAGCCAGCGUUCUCCGAUACCAUUCGGGCUCUUUGGCGACUUCCUCAACACCAGUCACAUCGCCAACGGUCCCAGCCAAGAGUUUGACGACACGCUGUUGAACGCCCGGGCGUCCGAUCAGAGCUCUAGCAGUAGCUUCUUCCAGAGCCUUUAUGUCAGCACCGACUCGCAGGAUUACCAAACGUGCGAGUCUCAGACGUGCUUCAGCGGCUCGGAGACAAACUCGACGCUUCACUCUGCAAAUUCGACGAUCUGCAACGAGCCAAGCGACAUUCGGACACCUGCUGAGGAUGCUUCGGGCCAAGAAGAUCCCAGCAAUGCAUGCAAGCCACGUGACGAAGAAAUGAACCAGACCGACCAAUCUGGAGGAUCCGACUGUGGAGCUGGGCAGAAGACAGCAGCUCUUGAGUCGAGUUUCAUGAUAGCGGAUGGCUUCGGUUUACUCCCUGCGGCGUCGGCGGACUCUUUCAUGAUCUGUGAUCUGAUAAAUCUCACUGAAAGAGGUGUGGAAAGUCAGCAUGUCGUCUCAGGUGACGUCCCGUCGGAAAGCCCUCAGGCACAAAGUGCUACGCUCCAGCGCUCCCAGUCUGAAGGCACACUGGCACCAGCCUUUGAGGAACUCCUCCUCAUGCCCUCCUUUGGGAGCGACCCCGGUGCGAUACAGGAGUCCUCCUCGGCUCCUCCUGGCCCUCACCUCCCCUCUCUGACCUCCUUUGCUCCCUGUCUAACUCCUCAAAGCAGUAGCUCCCCUCUAGCGCUCUGUUCCCCCCCUCCUUUUGCCAACGCUACAGCGAGUUCGCCACCCAGCGCGGCGAUAGCUGGUGCGCCAAAGCCAAUGCUUCAGGAGACGCCGCCACCGCCGCCUCAACAGCAGCAGCAGGCAGCCAAUCAGCAGACCAGCCCCCACCCUGUGAAGCCCCUGAAUACUGCCAUACUGGCUGAGGAGAAGCGGACGGAGGGCCGGUCAGUGCUGGAGAAGCUCAAGUCCACCAUCCACCCGGGGAGGAGCAGCCAGCUCAGCGAGCAGGAGACGGAGAGGAAGAAGUCUGUGACGGAGGGAGCCGGCUCGUACUACCACCUGAACCACCGUGAACUGGUGGCCCUGCUGGUGAAGCGGGAGGCGGAGCUGGAGAGGCAGAAGGUGGAGUUUGAGCGUCAGAAACUUGUGCUGGCUAAGCGGGAGGUGGAGCUGAGGAAGCUGAAGCCGCAGGUCAAAGACCUGGAGGACUACAUUGACACGCUGCUGGUGCGCAUCAUGGAGCAGAAGCCCACUCUCCUGCAAGUGCGCUCCAAGUUAAAGUGACGGAGAGAGAGAAGGGGAAAAGGGGGUUUCGAGCCUCCGUCCACUCCGUCCUCCACAACAGCUCUUUAGUCUUUUCACUGCUAUGCUGUCCUUUUUGAUACAAAUACGUUGGCACUGAGAGAGAUGUCGAGGAGAUGUUUUUUUCCAGCCGGCAUGCUUAACUGUGCUGGAGCGCGGCCACGUUGAAGGCUUUGGUUUCGGGGCGGUUCUGAAUGUAGCGGGUCCUCAGGUUGUUUUCAGGUUCACACAGCCGGUUGGGUUUUGAGAUUGCUUCCAUUUACGGAUCCUGAUUGUAGAAACAGUGAUUUCCUCCUCUUCACCUCACCUCACUUCUAUCACCUUUUAUCACGAAAAAGAGAGAAAUGGUAGAGUUUCAGUCCACAACACUGAACAUCAAACUAACUCCUCGCACCGUUUUUCAAGUGAUGCGGUUCUGUAGGGGAAGGAGAGGGAACGACUGGUGGUUUUGCAUGUUUUGGACCAUUAACUACAAAUUGCAUACUUUAAAUCAAUGCUGGCCAUUUCUGUAGCAUACCAUCAGGUUUAGAUUGAUUUUAUACCUUUGAGGCAGCCAUUGGUUCAUCUUAAUUUCAAUGCAGCAUGAAACUCAACUUGCAGAGACUUGAAACAUUUGCUUCUAUUUCAUAGUUGUGUUAUGAAGGUAGUCAUGCAGAGAGCAGUCGAAGGGGUUUAGUUACCAGAAGACAUUGCUGUCACAAGCUUGUCGGUCUGAAACUUUUGUUAUUUUCAUUUUCAAUUAAUCUGCAGAUUAUUUUCUUGAUUAUUCGAUCAUUUGGUCAAGAAAAUCGAUGGAAUUAUCAAAUGUUUGCAUUUUGAAAAACUGGUUUAAACAAUUAAUAGAUUAUCAAAACCCUCAAUUGACUACUUGAUCUAUUGAGUAAUUAUUUCAGCUCUACUAUAAGAUUUCGAAACAGGCCCUGCUCAAAACUACUGUAUUUCACAAUAGUGACACAUCACUGACAAUAUAUAGUAAAUAAAGGUUACAAAAUGUCCACUGCAGUUGAUCUUGAGUAAGUUUCAAGUUUCUGCAAGUUGUUUUUCAUGCUUAAAGGAACAGUUCCACAUUUUGGGAAGUAUGCUUGUUUGUUCCAAGAGUUAGAUGAGAAGAUCAACACCAGUAUUGUGUCUGCACUGUAAAUAUAGAGGGAAAACAGCUAGCCUGGCUCUCUGCAAAGUUCAAAAGAAGGCAGAACAAUAAUUGAAUGCACCAACAGAAAAGUAAAAAGGACAAGUCGUCGUUUUCUGGCCUAGCACAGUGGCUUCCUGGAGUCUCCGCUGGUUUGAGUUGCAACCUCAUGGUGACAGUAAGACAUGGAAGUCAAAGAACUCCAGGAACAACUGAGUGCAUGUCUAUCAUCAAAGUAUUUUAACUUUGGACAGAGCCAGGCUAACUGUUCCCCCUCCUGUUUUCAGUUUGAAUGCUAAGCUAAGCGAAUUGCCUCCUGGCUCAUUGAUCCAUCCUUGGAUUAUAGAUUUGAGGGGCAUAUCGAUCAUCUUGUCUAACUCUCAGCAAGAAAGCAAAUAACUGUAAAGAUAUUCCUAAUAUGAACUGAAACCAGUGGCUGCUUUAGAAGGAAGGAAAUAAAUUGAUAAUCUUCAAGUACUAGUAAUAGUCUCAUUAUUUUAUAGCAUAAACAAUAUUUGGUUAAUGAAACAAAUUCAUGUCAAGCCACCAGGAUGUUUCUAGUACAGUAAUGUACUUUAAUGACUCACACCUCAGUGAUUGGUUUCACUUCUUCCUCGUGGUGUUUAUCUUGUUUUGGAUUGACACUCCACAAAUGUUCCCAAAUGAAUAUCAAGUGCUCUGACUCGUUUUUGAAACUGCAAUCCAAAUGAGCGGUGCGAGAGUUCACAUCACUGGGAACUGAUCGUAGCUUCUGAAUGUUCAAAAGUGUUCUUAGCCAGCAAGUGAAUGGUUUUAUUUCAAACGCACGAUAAGUGCUGUUUAUCUUUUGCUUGCUCCGUCCCUUUUUUUUUUUCUUCCUUCUUUCUGUUCUUUGGGCAUGUCUUGAAAUUACCCACAAUGCUCAGCCACAUAAGCUAACUGAUUCUUGUAUGUAUGGGUAUGUGUUAUCAGGUGAAGACAGUAUCACUCAGUAUCGAGAUCAGCCGUCACAGCUCCACUGAUAACAUGCUUCUGCCUUCCUACGUGUGUGUUAUCAACACAGCACCACUGCUGAGAAAAUGCCUGCUAACAUGCCGCUUCUUGACUCCCCCCUCCCUCCCCCUCCCUCCGUGUCCUUGUGUCACAUCCGCAUAUCGCUGCUGCUUUCAGGUGUUACAAAGGGAUAUAUACCGCAUUUUACAGCAUAUAUAUGCCGUGUUGAAAUGCCAAAUGCUGCCUUAUUUUUGUUUUGUUUUGACGUUUGUCAAGAAUCUAGCACUUCAUUUUACUUGUCGGGGCUGGAGGCAGGUUAUGAAGAAGAAAAGCCAUCUGUUCACUGAGAGCUCACUUUUUUCUUCUUUUUUUUUUUACUUCUGCUUUGUUUUGAUAUUGUUUAGAUCACUGCACAAAACUGAAUUUUAUGCAUACCAAUCGAACAUGAGCAGUAACAGUGAUUUCCUGUGAAAUGCCAAAAAAAAAAAGCCUUGAUACUUAAUCUAUGGAGCAGAUCGAUACACCAUAAAGUAUUCUGAUAUGAUGCCACCUUUAACAGCGUUUGUGGAUGUUCUUGCACUACUUAAUCGUCAGAACAUAACUUUACUGUACCUGUCUGUUGAUAUUGGUAUAGUUAGAUCUACUUUACACCAUACUGCACUUUCUAAUCGCUCUGUGAUUUAAGCACUUGGCCUACUUCGACGCCACAUUGAUGAUUUGCCAGUGAGCUUGAAGCAUACAAAACCGUCUUGUCAUCUCUGUUCGGCAGUGCGAUCGCAAUAUCAAGUGCAUAGAUGACUGUAGAGACAUAAUAAAUGUGACUCAGCACCGAUGAAGCGCAAGAAUAAGCGUCGUCUUCCAUGUCUUCCAUUUUCAUUUGGUUUAAAACUGUUUGUAUUUUGUCCUUGAGUAUGUAGCCGGUGGAAUGUGCUUAAGGUAGUAUGUGAGAUUGGAAAGUUUACAAUCCGUGAUGCAAUUCUGUUUCACAAAUUUUGUAUAUUUAAUAAAGAAUAUUUUGUGUUUCUUGCUC